AUGGAAGGCAACAAGGACGAGGCGUUGCGCUGCCUCCAGCUGACCAGGCACGCCAUCGAAGCCCAGGAUUUUGCAAAGGCUCUGCGCAUGGCAAAGAGGGCGCAGCGAAUGUUUCCGACUUCGGAGGGGGCCGCGUACGUGUCCAUUUGUUCCACGAAGCUGAAGGAGACUUCCGCCUCCGACAGUCGCUUCGCGUCGGGGACUAACCAGGCGACGCGCGAGUCUGCGUGGUCUGCGGCGUCCGAGCCGCCGUCGAGCGCCGAGCGCCCCAGCACGGAAAGAGACGAGGCCGGAGACGGGCUGCGAAAUCGCCGCCGGAGAGAAGGCGGAGCUUCGCCUCCGCGACAGACCUACAGCAGCGCGUAUGCAAACAGCCACGAGGCGCGAGGAGACGCGAAUUCGCCUCGUGCGCGACCGCAUGCAGCGAGCGCGUUCGCGGCUGCUGGGAAACCGAGCACCGCUGGUCCGUCUCGCACGCAGUCCUCUUCGUUCGCGUCGUCUGGACACGCAGAGCCGUCUCUCCCCAGGAGCAGCAGCACACCAGCCGCGACCGGGAACCGCGGAAACUACACCGCCGAGCAAGUCGCCCUCUGCACGCGCGUCCUCACGACCAAGUGCUACUAUCAGACUCUCGGCGUCGAGCGAGGCGCGACGGACGAAGUGAUCAAGAAGGCCUACAAGAAGUUGGCGCUUCAGUUGCAUCCCGACAAAAAUCGGGCUCCGCAUGCAGAGGAGGCCUUCAAGAAGGUGUCGAGAGUGUCGCAGUGUCUCCUCGAUGCGGAAAAACGCAGUCGAUACGACCAGCAUGGCGAGGAAGAGGCUUCCAAUGAAGGGACGCGAGUGCGCUACCGACAGGAAGAAGGCAUCACUCCCGAGGAACUGUUCCAGGCCUUCUUCGGCUUCACGAUGGGAGAUCCGGGCCGAGGCCGAGGCCAAACGCGUUACUACUACCAGAGAAGACCCCAGCGGGGAAACGGCGAGGAACAUGGCGGCGGCCUCUAUUACCUGUUACAAAUUCUCCCCAUGGCCAUCAUGUUCCUCAUCAUGUUUGUGGGCAACUUUUUCCCGCCUUCUGGUACUCAGCCUACGGCACCGUACUCCUUCUUGCAGACCUCGGAAUACCCCGUCCACCGCCUCACGCGCUACCACAGCGUGCGCUUUUAUGUCUCGCCGUAUUUCCGGCGCGAUUAUCCAGAUGAAUCGGAGAAACUGAGAGAGCUGGAGAUGGCGAUCGAGUUGAAGUUCUACCACAACAAAUUUCGCGAGCUUGCCGUUCUUUCUUCCGUCUGA